GACCUUCCUUCCGCCACUUUCGUAUCCCUCGUGUUUGAUUGGCCAUUGAGAGUUGAGGGUCACUUGUUUAUAAUAACCAUAAAGGAAGUGUUUUUGUAACAUCGAAUUGUAAAGACAGAGCAGAGCAUACUUAUUCCCUUUGUCGUCGACAUUAUUGGGCUUCAAGAUCAGAUCAACGACAAUUCCAGCUUCUUCUUAUCUUCCCAAUCUACUACAACCACACCAAUCGCUUGCUCUCUCUCUCUCUUCGUUGCUCAUCCUCCCUCUCCGUUUCAAGCAUGGAUUGUGGUGGAGGUCCAAGUAUAUAUCCGCUGCACCGUUGCAAAACGCUUCACUUUGUGAGGCACGCACAAGGAGUUCACAAUGUAGAAGGAGAUAAGAACUAUAAAGCAUACAUGUCUCCGGAAUAUUUUGACGCACAGCUUACCCCACUGGGCUGGCAGCAGGUUGAUAAUUUGCGUAAGCAUGUUCGAUCAUGUGGGCUUUUUGAGAGGAUUGGUUUAGUGAUCACAUCCCCUCUGUUAAGGACAAUGCAAACAGCGGUUGGAGUAUUUGGUGGGGAAGGCUAUACAGACAGGAUUGAUUUGGUACCACUAAUGGUGGCAAAUGCAGGAAAUAGUGACCGUCCUGCAAUUUCAAGUCUAGAUUGCCCACCUAUCGUUGCAGUAGAACUUUGUCGAGAACAUUUUGGUGUUCAUCCUUGUGAUAGGAGGAGAAGCAUCAGUAACUAUCGGUACCUUUUUCCAGCUAUUGAUUUUUCACAGAUAGAAAGUGACGAGGAUAUAUUGUGGACAAACAGCAAGAGAGAGACAAUGGAAGAACUUGCAGCUAGGGGAAUGAAGUUCAUGGACUGGUUGUGGACACGGAAAGAAAAGGAGAUAGCAAUUGUUACACAUAGUGAAUUCUUGGUUCCCGCGCUAAAUGCGUUUGGCAAUGACUGUCACCCUUUUAUUAAGAAAGAAAUGUGCAUGGGUUUUGCAAAUUGUGAGCUUCGGUCUAUGAUUAUCGUGGACAGAAGCAUGUCAGGAUCAGAUCCCACGAUAACUAACUAUCCAGGAAAGAUUCCUCCUGGGCCCGAUGUCCCUAGUGUAGUCGCGGAUGAGAAGAAUGUCGAGCCUGAUUCUGGAUCCACAUAGAUAAAGAGCAUCUGAAUCAUUAUCUUCAGCUACAUUUAGUUGAAUAUCCCAAAUGUGACGUGACAAUAUUCGUAUAUUCGUGCGAUCGACACUCCUACUGAAGUUAGUAUAUGCGACUCAAGAUUUUAGAGAUUCGACAGGCAUUUCACAACGAGGCUUUUGGGAUUCAGGAUUGCUCUUUCUGGUUAUCAUAAGGCGGUGGCAAUGUGAUUCUCUUAAGUCUGGAGAGAUGAUGAUAUUACUGUACUCCUGUUUUUAAACUUUUGUUCUUUUCGUUUUUUGUGGUUUCGGAAACAAAUUCAAUGAGAAAUUUGUAAACACCAUGGUUUUCA